AAGUUACAUUAACCUAACAUAACCUAAUACUUCCGAAAAAUAAACUGUUAUUUAUCACACCGAUCUUCAACAUUUGCGAAGCUCGACACUGACAGAAGAGAACCUAACAUUAUCUUACUUGUCUCAAUAGGAUGUGGUCGUGGCUUUGUUUUUAAACCUUGUGAUCUGAAGGUUAUUCAAGAAUCCAUCUGGCAACAAAAAAUUGUACUACAAAAUUUUUGGCAACCCUGUCCCUCGUGCAAACAUGGCGAAGAACCAUUUGUUUGUGUUUGGGUAGUGUAUGUAACCUCAAACCUUGGUUUGAUUGUUCGAGAUGUAAUAUAGUGGCACGUAUUUAGAUGGAUAAUUAUCAGAUAACCCAUAAUGGAUUUUAAUUGUGAAGAACGAAGAACGCAACUUAAAAGUUUGCAAGAGUUUAUAACCUUAAUUCGUUCUCAAGUUUCUUCUGUUGGACAAGAACUUGGGUGGAGUACCGAAUACAAGAAUGACAGUGGGCCGGAGCUGGUCGAAUGCCCGGAGUCGAGCGAGCACAGGGUCCCGAAGGAGCGGCUUGAAGCUCACGUCGAGCGGUGCCGCUGGAGGAGGGAGGGCUACCACCAGGACGAUGUUCCCCUGCCUGCGGGGCCCCCUCACGCGGUGCCUCACGAGAAAUGUGUGCAGAUUGGCAAAGAAGAGCAGAUGGAAAUCUUCAGAGAGGCUUUGAAUCUUAAUCCUUCUCUCAAUAUAAAGUGUGUAGGCUGGUACGAUGACCGGCCGGCCCCGCAGACCGGGAGCCGCUGGGUGGCCGACUUCACCCCGGACGAGAGGAGGGUGUUGUACGACCACGCUGUGUCCAGGACCUCUCGGCAAGAGGCCGUCAAGCUGGAGGACCUGACCGUGAGCUUUCAGAAGGAGGAGAAGCCCAAGCCAAAAUCAUUGCUGGAGCAGUUGGCAGAAGAGAGAGAUGCAAAACGUCGACGGGUCAGCCAGAGAAGCAAGAAGGUUCACACAAACCGUAAAAGUCAGACUGAGAUUUUACGUGAAGUUAUUUUGAACCAGAUGGAGGUACUUGUGGAGUGGCAGAAACAAGUGUCAGAAGCGAACGGUGAGGAGAACACACAUGAGCAAGACAAGGUGCCCCACGACAGACAAAGCAGCGACCCAAAAUGUCCAGAAGAAGAGAGCAAUGUGGUUGGCAAGGACAGGUAUGAAGAAGAGCCAGGUACUGGGACAAGUGAAAGUUCCAGGCAGACUCUACUUCUUAAUUACAGAGACGAUAGUCCAUGGCGAAUGCUAGAGCGAGAAGGAAGGAAUCCCUACAUCAGAGAGAAUUGGGAAGCAGUGUAUCAGAAACAUAAUAGAACUCGCUCAGAAGCAGCAACUUCAGAUAACAACCACCAUAAGGGUGGGAGUACUAAACAUGGCAGGCAUAGUUACAAGCAUGACGUUGAAGGCGUUAGAAAAUAUGAGAACAGAGAAAAAAUUAACAGGUACUCUGAUCGUAGGCGCGAUCGGAGACAUGAUGAAGAUUUUCGUGCUGAAGAGAAGAAUCACAGCAAAAAGUAUUACCAAGCUUCUUACAAUCACGAAAGACAUGGUGAGUGUUCAGAGGAGUACUCGAAACGCCACUCUUACAGUGAUUCGAGACGAGAAUAUUUUAAGAGUGCUGGCGUUGCGCAACACAGGCGGUGUUACGAUAGUGAGGACAGUGAUGUCAGUGAACGUUCUCAUUAUUCCAAAGCAGUUCACGAACAUAGUGAACAGUUCAUCAAGUCAGAGCCUAUGUCCCCAGUCAGUACUGAAGAAGUGCGUACACAUUACAGCAAAGUAUCUUAUAAAGUUCGUGAUGAGAGUCAUGCACAUAAACAUAGACGUGUAAAAGGUAGUGAUAUCCAUGAAUCCAGUUCACAGCAUUCUUACAGUAGUUACAAAAAACACAGGAGAGAUAUUACAGAACACAAGCAUGAUCAUCACAGAUAUUCAAACAGUGCUGAUGACAGUACUGAAACUGAAAAGCUGCCCCUUGACAGGUCCAUAUCUCGCAGUAAACACAAGAAGAAGAAAAAGAAGAAACACAAAAAACGAGGGAGGAGUUCAAGUUGCGACAGCUAGUGUUCUGCAGUGCUUUUUUUUCUUGUUGACAAACUUUUUUUUGUUUUGUAUCUGUUUUCAGUGUUUUAAGUGAGGGUGAAGAUGUUCACCAAGUAUUAAAAUACAGAAUGUUGCUUCAUUACUUUAAUAGUAAUAAAAAUAUUAACUAAAAUCAAAA